AUGCGGGUUUCGUUGCCCGUGGAUCCGGACCACAAAACUGUGAGCGAAGUGUCCACAGUACACUGGAUAUCGCGCACUUCGAACAUACUGGUUCCUUGCAUCAUCACUUAUCAAUGUUCCCGUGAAAACAAUCCCCUCGGAUUCGAAUGGAUUCUCAUGACCAAAAUGCCUGGAAAGCCUGUGGGGGAGAUUUGGCAUUCUCUGUCAUUUUCUGCCAAAACGAUUUUGGGAAUUGGAAAUACCUACAAGGCGGCAUCCAUCCUUGGUGACUCUACAACGGGCGAAGUAACUUGGCCUGCUGAGGAUCAAGUGCAUUCCAAUGAAUCACCUCUCCCUGUGAAGGAGAACGUUCCUGGAGGGUUGUCAGAUACGGACUUGUCAGAUGUUGGCAGAAUUGUUUCCAUGCAUUUCUUUUGGGGAUCAAACGUCCUUCAGGAUGUUAAUCGAGGACCAUUUGGUUCGAGUAAAGACUGGAUUACAUCGCGUCUUUCACAGAAUGAGAAAUACUGUGUAUCAACGCUGGAAAAUCUCCCAUCUGGUGAACUUGGGAGACGUGAUGCAAACAAAGCAGACGAUGCCACGAGAACAUUGGAAAUCGUCCGAAAACUUCAAACUUUGCUGCCGUCUGUGUUCCCACCCGCUGGAAAUCACCCAGAGCCACCAAUUAUGGUUCAUGACGACCUCUCUAGUCAAAACAUCCUCGUCCAUGAUAGUGGAGAGCUCACUGCUAUUUUAGACUGGGAAUGUGUUUCGGCACUUCCUGUUUGGAUUGCCCGUGAUUACCCUGCAUUUCUGCAAGAAAAGGCACGGCGUAUAAGACCUGAACUUGGAAACUAUGAGCUUGGAGAAAAUGGAGAACCGUCCGAGCUCUACUGGGAGCACCUUUUAGCCAUGAGGUCACUCUACUUCGUGAUGUUUAUCUUGAAAGGAUGA